ACGCUCCCCGGGGCACGGGGGGCCCGAGAAUAGUGCGGAGCCUUUUGUCCCAGUGCCCCGGACGGGCUGCCUAGCUCAGGCUGCUUCAUUUACUUCUGAACUGCAGCCACCUCUGGGGUACAACCUGGGCUCUGUGUAGCAGCCUGUAGUGAGGUUAUGGACCCAUUCAGGCCGCUAGUUGAAAUAUGCUGCGUGUGAAUGUCAGAAACUGAAACAGCUUUACGCAGACGUUUUAUCUUCUCUUCUUGCUGGUCUGUUCCUGACUGUUUAGUUGUGGGACCCUGGUUAGAAGUGUCAGUCACGGUUUGGUUUAUAAUACCAUCUCUUUCCUUCCAGGCAGCAGAUGGCUUGGUGAAAGUUCAGGUGGCUUUGGGGAACAUCGCAAGCAAAAGAGAGAGAAUUAAAAUUUUGUACAAGAAAAUUGAAGAUUUAAUAAAAUAUCUGGAUCCUCAGUACAUUGAUCGAAUGGCUGUUCCCGAUGCCAUGAAACUGCAGUUCAUCUUAGCAGAGGAGCAGUUUAUUCUUUCCCAAGUUGCCCUUCUGGAACAGGUGAACAACCUCCAGCCGUUCUUGGACAGUGCACACAUCAAAGCUGCUCCUGACCAUGCUGCCAAACUGCAGCGACUUGCUCAAAUCCACAUACAGCAGCAGGACCAGUGCGAAGCAGUAACCGAAAACGUCAGGGUGCUCCUAGAAGACUACAAUAAAAUGACCCUGCUUCUGUCUAAGCAGUUUGUCCAGUGGGAUGAAAUGCUGACGCAGCUGGAAGCAGCCAAGCAGGUGAAGCCUAUGGCAGAGUGAUGGCAGCGAUGUAUCGCCAGGAGAAAUGCAGCCUGCAGCCCCAGGGCAGCACCAAGCUUGGGUGAACUGGGGAGGAUUGCAGCUGUCCUGGCACCACAGGUUCCAGUAUGCCAUGUUCUGGCCUGGCUGCUUGGAGCAGAGCGCUGCAUGCUGGGACUUGUAGUCUCAGUGGGCUGCACCUACAAUACUGAAGGUGAAGGUGGCUGCCAAUGAUGCCGGAGGGUCUUGUAACCCAUUUUUGGCCGAUGAGCUGCAUUUUGCCCUCCCCUCCCUUCUUAAAAAUGAAACCAGGUGACUGGCGUCCUAUUAGAACUCGACGAUCUGCACUUCUCCUGACUUGCACUUCCCUGAAAUAACUUUGACUUCUAAUAAUUUAUUUAAAACUCCCUGCUCAGCUCACUGGGAUGUGACAGAAAUGCGGAUCUAUUACAUUUACCUGUGGACCAGAAUAAAAUCCUCAGACGUUAACUA